AUGCUUGCUGCUAGGAACUUUAAACUCGCAUAUUUCAGGAGAUCUGUCUCCCAAUUAUCUCACAUCAAACCUCCCAAACAUAUCAAAAAUGAGCCUGUGAAGUUAUUUGGUAACACAGACUCGAAAGAUUGGGACUUGUUGAGGGCCUCAUUGAUGAAAUUCAAGAGUUCUUCCUUAGAGGUUCCCUUAGUCAUCAAUGGAGAAAGAAUUUACGACAAUAAUGAAAGAGCCCUGUUCCCACAAACCAACCCUGCAAACCAUCAGCAAGUGUUGGCCAACGUCACCCAGGCCACUGAAAAGGACGUCAUGAAUGCAGUGAAAGCAGCUAAAGAUGCCAAAGAGGACUGGUACAAGCUACCGUUCUACGACAGGUCUGCCAUCUUUUUAAAAGCUGCUGACUUGAUCUCUACCAAGUAUCGCUAUGAUAUGUUGGCUGCCACCAUGCUAGGACAAGGUAAGAACGUGUAUCAGGCAGAAAUUGACUGUAUCACAGAACUAUCCGAUUUUUUCAGAUAUUACGUUAAGUAUGCUUCAGACUUGUAUGCUCAACAACCCAUGGAAUCAGCAGAUGGAACAUGGAACAGAGCAGAGUACAGGCCUUUAGAAGGGUUUGUUUACGCAGUUUCACCAUUUAACUUUACUGCAAUUGCCGCAAAUUUGAUCGGCGCUCCCGCUUUAAUGGGUAAUACUGUUGUAUGGAAACCAUCUCAAACGGCUGCCUUGUCGAACUAUUUAUUGAUGACUGUUUUGGAAGAAGCAGGAUUGCCAAAGGGUGUCAUUAAUUUCAUCCCAGGUGACCCAGUUCAAGUCACCAAUCAAAUUUUGGCUGAUAAAGAUUUCGGAGCUCUGCACUUCACAGGUUCUACUAAUGUUUUCAAGAGUUUGUACGGCAAAAUCCAGAGCGGUGUUGUUGAAGGGAAAUACAGAGACUACCCACGUAUUGUUGGUGAAACUGGUGGUAAAAAUUUUCAUUUAGUUCAUCCAAGUGCAAACAUCUCUCAUGCAGUACUCUCUACCAUUAGAGGUACAUUUGAAUUCCAAGGCCAGAAGUGCUCUGCCACCUCUAGAAUAUAUUUACCAGAAUCUAAAAGUGAGGAAUUUUUAUCCGAUAUGUUUGGCAUCCUGCAGCAGCAAAAUGUUGUUCCAGUAAACACAUCUGCAAGCCCAAUAUCUGGUGGUAAUCUGCGUGGAUUCAUGGGUCCUGUGAUCCAUGAACAAAGUUUUGAUAAAUUAGUUAAAGUUAUUGAAGACGCAAAGAAAGAUCCUGAAUUGGAAAUUCUUUACGGCGGUCAAUACGACAAGAGUCAAGGUUGGUUUGUUGGACCUACAGUCAUCAAGGCCAAAAGACCCGACCAUCCAUACAUGUCAACAGAAUUUUUUGGCCCUAUAUUGUCAGUUUAUGAAUAUCCUGAUCAAGAAUUUAAUACAAUCUGUGAUGUUAUCGAUAAGACCAGUCAGUACGCUUUGACCGGUGCAAUUUUUGCUAAAGAUCGUAAAGCUAUUGAGUAUGCUGAUGAAAAAUUGAAAUUUAGUGCAGGUAAUUUUUACGUUAACGACAAGUGCACUGGUGCAGUUGUCUCUCAACAAUGGUUUGGUGGUGCAAGAAUGAGUGGUACUGAUGAUAAAGCUGGUGGUCCAAAUAUCUUGAGCAGAUUUGUGAGUAUUAGAAACAUCAAGGAAAACUUCUACGAGUUAACCGACUUCAAAUAUCCAUCCAAUUACGAUUAA